AUGGCAACUAGUAUGCUGAACACUAACCUCGUCCUCCCAGUAGAGCUGGCCCAACGUUUACAGGCGACGACUCCAUCUCUUCACGCGAAAUACCCUCCGGUGGCAGACUUGCAUGUUCUUCAGCGAUGCUUCUUUUCUGAGCAGGCAUACUGUAAAGACACGUUGGCUCUGACCUAUCACCUACGCACAUUCUUUACUCCCCGCGUCAUUGCGGUCAAUCUUUUAGAAACACGCAGGCUCAGGGGUAUCAAUGGCCGCUUGGAACUUGAUGCUACCGUCUUGACUCCUGCUACCCCGACUCUCUGCAGUGGACGGAUUCUUCUCCUCCCUAUCAAGAAAGCCGACAACGCUCUGGAUUGGAAGACUUGGGUCCUCAGCACCAAGCUAGAGAAUCUAGACUUGCAUCUGGAGGAUGAGUCUCUCCCUGAGCUUCCAGGCAGGAAGGUGGACAAUCUCAACCACUUUGGCGCCGAUGUCUUUAUCAUGGGAGGUGGAAACGCUGCCGUGGCGUUAGAAGCUCGUCUCAAAGCCCUCGGUGUUGAGAGCUUCAUUUGCGAGAAAAAUGCGCGAGUUGGCGAUAACUGGGCUCUCCGUUAUGACAACCUACGAUUUCACCUUCCAACAUCUGUUCUCACCAUAGGCUCAGGCAAUUCGGCAUUUGACAUUCUUUCAGAUUGCCAUGCAGCCGGGCUCAAGACCAACCUAUAUCAUCCCUUUGGAAUAUGUCUGUCACGAUGCGAGUUUCGGUGUGGUCUCUUGAAGAAGUUUGCUUCUGAAGAGCGGGAUCGUUAUGCGCCCCUGGCUACAGCAGGCUUUCCAGUCAUUGACAGUAGAGAUCCUUCUCAGUUGAUUCUCUCUAAUCUUAUUGAGAGAUCGCAUAGCCACUAUGUUGAUUUGGGCGCCACCGAACGCAUUGUGGAUAAAAAGGUCGGCAUCAAGGCUGGGGUUGAGCCCGUUGUUUUCGCCACAACUGGUCUUCACUUCUCAGACGAUAACAUCCUAGAAGCAGAUGCUAUUGUCUGGUGCACAGGAUUCGCGGACCAAGACGUACGAACCGUCACAGAAGAGGUCCUUGGGGGCCAUGUCGUGUCCACCGCCCCUGAAGACCUUGAUGAGGACAAGAAUCUGCUUGGUCCAAGGUAG